AUGCUUCCCCCAGCCGAUUCGCUGCUGCAAUAUGACAACCCGGUCUUGGUCAGCAGGAAGUCACCUCUGGUUCACGGUCUUUCUGUGAAGCCGACUCCCGGCUCCUCUGCCCCCACUCCCUCCAAACCAGCCGUGGAAAUAAGCAAAGAGAGAACUGAGGAUAUCCUCCACGCCAUCCUGCCACCGAGGGUUUGGUCGGAGGGUAACAAGCUGUGGGUGCAGUCGGUGUCGAGCACACCGGAGACGAGCGUCGUUAGGCUGCAGGAGCAGUUGGAUCUGAAGCUGAAGCAGAGGCAGGCUCGUGAGACCGGCAUCUGCCCUAUCCGAAGAGAGCUCUACUCACAGUGCUUUGAUGAGCUGAUCAGACAGCAAACCAUAAGCUGCACGGAGAGGGGGCUGCUGCUCCUGCGGGUCAGGAACGAGAUCCGGAUGUUCAUGACCGCCUACCAGACUCUGUACGAGAGCAGCAUGGCGUUCGGCAUCAGGAGAGUGCUGCAGUCUGAGAUAGGCAAAGCUGACAUGGAGAGAAAGAAACAAGCUCUGGAGAAAGAUAACAAGGACCUGGAGCAGAAAAUAAAGGAUACGUGGGCAAAAUGUGAGGCCAUUAAGAUAAAAGAGAUGGAGCGCCGGGAGGCAGAGGAUAGGAAACACGCCGAGGAGAUUGAGUACCUGAAGCGUACCAACGAGCAGCUCAAGUUCCAGCUUGGAAGCUUCACACAGAAAACUUGACCAGAGCCACAUGCUUCAUGCUGAGAAAGUUGCCACUUUAAAGGACUUUCAAUACUGAAAGAAAAUGUAUAUCUCGUUAUACAGCGACAAAAAAUAAGAGCUCUAAAGUAUGGAAAAUCCCAUAAAAACAUUCUUUCAUUUUUAAAUAAUAAAUGGAUUUCCAAAAUA